CUAGGUGCAUCAGCUUUCUUCAAGGAAGUCUUUUAUCACUCUAUUUGUCUUUCCCUCUGACUGGGGCCUUUGGAAUUGCAUGAUGUUAUCAGCGGCCUUCAUUACUUUGGUGAGAAGUGGUGGGAACCAGGUGAAGAAGAGAGUGUUGUUAAGAUACUUCCUCCUGCAGGACAACAGGCAGGUGACUCCUGCCUGCUACAGCUCCACUUCGGAGCCCAGGUGCUCUCGGUUUGAUCCAGAUGGAAGUGGGCGGCCAGCCACUUGGGACAAUUUUGGGAUCUGGGAUAACCGCAUUGAUGAGCCAAUUCUGCUGCCACCUAGUAUCAAGUAUGGCAAGCCGAUUCCCAAAAUUAGCCUGGAGAAUGUGGGCUGUGCCUCCCUCAUUGGCAAACGGAAGGAAAAUGAAGAUCGGUUUGGGUUCGCCCAGCUGACAGAGGAGGUGCUAUACUUCGCAGUGUAUGAUGGGCAUGGGGGACCAGCAGCUGCUGACUUCUGUCACACGCACAUGGAGAAAUGUGUUAUGGAUUUGCUUCCUCAGGAGAAAGACUUGGAGACUGUACUGACCUUGGCCUUCCUAGAAAUAGAUAAAGCCUUUUCAAGUUAUGCCCAACUGUCUGCUGAUGCAAGCCUCCUGACCUCUGGGACUACUGCAACGGUAGCUCUGUUGAGAGAUGGCAUUGAACUGGUUGUAGCCAGUGUUGGAGACAGCCGGGCUCUUUUGUGUAGAAAAGGAAAACCCAUGAAGCUGACCACUGACCAUACCCCAGAAAGAAAGGAUGAGAAGGAAAGGAUCAAGAAAUGUGGUGGUUUCGUGGCUUGGAAUAGUUUGGGACAGCCCCAUGUAAAUGGCAGGCUUGCAAUGACAAGGAGUAUUGGAGACCUGGAUCUUAAAGCCAGUGGUGUGAUAGCAGAACCUGAAACAACGAGGAUUAAGCUCUACCAUGCUGAGGACAGUUUCUUGGUCCUUACCACCGAUGGGAUUAACUUCAUGGUGAAUAGUCAAGAGAUCUGUGACUUUGUCAACCAGUGUCAUGAUCCUAAUGAAGCAGCCCACGCAGUGACUGAACAGGCAAUACACUAUGGUACUGAAGACAACAGCACUGCAGUAGUGGUGCCCUUUGGUGCCUGGGGAAAAUACAAGAACUCUGAAAUAAACUUCUCAUUCAGCAGAAGCUUUGCCUCCAGUGGACGAUGGGCCUGAUAUCUAGCUUGGACUGUGUUCCUAUGCGGCAGCAUAUCAGUGGACAUAUCAAGAAACUGGUAAUAGCCAGAAGGUGGCCUGUACCCAUGUGUCCUUGUGACCUGAUAGAUCCCAACACAGUGUAAGCUUGCCUGCCACAUACACAGUAGUAUUUUCAUAAACCCUCACCAUCGUUAUGCUCGACUGUACAUGAUCAGCGUAAGCACCAUGACGAAGCUGUGAAAGCGUUGUGCAUCUCUGAGCUGAGUGG